CUGAGUGGGGGCGAGUCUGGAAGGCUCCUGGGCGGAAGGUCGCUUGCGGUUGAUGGUUCUCUGUGCCGGGUCGGGCUCGGAGCCAAGCCUUGCUGGGAUGGGGUCUCCCGGGGAGCCGGGGCUGCUGGUCUGCGGCGGGACCGAAGACCUGGCUGCCCUGGAGGAGCUGGACGAGGCGAGGUUGCUGCAGAAUCUGAGCGGCCGCUUCCUGCAGCAGCGGGUCUAUACAUAUAUUGGGGACAUUCUGAUUGCGAUGAACCCGUUCCAGAGUCUUCCGCUCUACGAGAAACCAGUAUCAGAGAAAUAUCAGAACCAUGAGAAGGGUACCCUACCCCCCCACAUCUUUGCUGUUGCUGACAGAGCAUACCAGGCCAUGCUGGGUCAUCUGGCAACAGGAUCUCAGAACCAGUGUAUCGUCAUCAGUGGAGAGAGUGGUGCAGGGAAAACCGAGAGUGUAAAGCUGCUGCUGCAACACAUCAUGCAUCUGUGCAAGGGCAACUCACAGCUGGAGCAGCAGAUACUGCAGGUGAACCCAUUGCUCGAAGCUUUUGGCAAUGCACAAACAGUGAUGAAUGACAACAGCAGCCGCUUUGGAAAAUACAUGCAGUUGAGGUUCCAAAGGAGUACAGUGAAGGGUGCCAAGCUGAGUGAAUAUCUGCUAGAGAAGUCUCGUGUGGUGCAACAAGAUGCUGGAGAAAGAAAUUUCCAUGUCUUCUACUAUAUGUUUGCUGGGCUCACUGCAGAGGAAAAAGACAUGUAUGGGCUGCUAGAUCCCUCAUUGUACAGGUACAUAAGUGGAUGGUUUAGGACAGAGGAUGUGGCUGAGUGCUGGAAGCAUAAGUACUGGGAGGUGCGUAAUGCCCUGGACAUGGUGGGCUUCCAGGAACAGGAGCAGGUGGACAUGCAGGCAAUCCUGGCCGGAGUCCUGUCUCUGGGCAAUGUGACCUUCCAGUCCCAGGAGAACAAUGGGGCCCUGAGAGUGAGUGAAGCCUCCAAGGGGUGGCUGAAGGCUUCAGCGGGUCAAUUUGGAGUCCAGGAAGAGGAGCUAUUGAAAUGCCUCAUUUGUAAAGUGUCCAUAACCCGGGGAGAGCAGAUUCAGCGUUUCCACACCCAGCAGCAGGCUGAGGAUGCUCGGGACUCCAUUGCUAAGGUGGCAUAUGGCCGCGUGUUUGGUUGGAUUGUCCGCAAAAUCAACGAACUGCUGGCUGAGAAUGUGGAUCCUGAGGUGGAGCUGAGGGAGAUUGGGAUCCUGGAUAUCUUUGGGUUUGAGAACUUUGUGGUGAAUCGUUUUGAGCAGCUCUGCAUAAACUUGGCCAAUGAGCAGCUACAGCACUUCUUCAAUUAUCAUAUUUUCCAGCUGGAGCAGGCCGCAUACCAGGAGGAAGGGCUGCCCUGGGAGGCAAUUACAUUCAACAAUAACAAACCCAUUUUGGACCUGUUCCUGGCCAAACCGCUGGGGCUGCUGUCUCUCCUGGAUGAGCAGAGCGCAUUCCCUCAGGCGACUGAUAAAACGUUUGUGGAUAAACUGAACAGCACCUUUAAGGGGAACUCACACUUCCAGCCAUGUAGAGGCCACGUACUAGGGUUCAGCAUCAUUCACUAUGCAGGGAAGGUUCAAUAUGCUUCCAGUGGCUUCCUAGAGAAGAACAGAGACACUUUGCCAGCAAAUAUCCGAGGUCUCUUCAUCAACAGUGUCACCCCAUUACUGAGUGUGCUGUUCACAGCCACAGUCUCCAGAACAGGGACUUUGAUGCCUCACAUUAAAGCCAAGGUCUUGCCAGGAACAGACAAUAACUUCAACAACACACGGAAGCAAUCAGUGGGUGCUCAAUUCCGGCAUUCCCUGUCGGUGCUGAUGGAGCGAAUGUACUCUGCUAACCCCCACUUUGUGCGCUGCAUCAAACCGAACAGCCAGAAGGAACCGGGUCUGGUUGACAGCCAAGUGGUGCUGGAGCAGCUCAGGUACAAUGGAUUGCUGGAGACCACCCGGAUUCGGCGAAAUGGCUUUUCCUGGAGACCCUCUUUUGAGGAAUUUGCAGAAAGAUACCGAAUUCUCCUAAUUAAACCAGAUGUCCCGCUCACACGGGAAAGCUGCUUGGAGAUUUUGCGGAGUACAGAGCUGAAAGACUGGAGAUGUGGGAAGUCCCGCCUCUUUUUUAAGUACUGGCACCAGGAGCUGCUGGCAAAGAGCAUGGACCUCUUGGAAAAUGCAGCAAUAAUCAUCCAGAAGACUUACAAGGGAUUCUGCUGUAGGAAGAGUUACCAGGAGCUAGUGGUUGAGCUCAGAGCCCGGGAGAAGCACCUACAGGAGGAAGCAGAGAGAGAGAGAAACAGGCAACUGGAACUGGAGUCCCAGGCCCAGAUUGCCUCGCCAGUUCCUGUGCCACGGAGGAGACGUCCUCAGCACCUUCCACAUUCUCAGCCUGGAGCUGAUUCUCUGACGCAGCCACCAGUACCACGCCCUCGCAGCAAACUCACAGAGUCGACUCCCUUUGAUAAUUUUUUGUGCUCCAGGCCCUGCCCUGUGCUGGGGACAGAGGGGCAGACAGGAGAAGAGGAAGAAAUGAGGCAAAUCAAGAGGGGAGCAACUCUCCGCUGGUUCAGAGAGACGCAGGCCUGGAAGGUUAUGCAGGAUGAUGGGGCCUUUCCUGGCUGGCUGCAUGGGAUGAUCAGCAGGAGGGAAGCUGAGAACUUGCUAAUGGACAAGCCUCUGGGCUGUUUCCUGGUUCGAAUCAGUCAGAGCAGGCCAGGCUACACCCUGUCAUACAGGGGUGAGAGCCGCUGCAGACAUUACAUGAUUGAGAUGCAGCCCAAUGCACGCUACGUGAUCCUGGGGGAGGACCGAGCUCACACCUCGCUCACCGCGCUGGUCAAGUACCAUCGAACUGUGGGAAUCCAGCCCUUCAUGGAGACGUUGACUGUGCCCUGUGAGCAGAAAGGUGAUGGGGACUGUGAUUAUGAGGCGUUGAAAUUCCACACCCUGGCCCCAUGCCCAGCAAAUGGGGAGAAGCAGCCUCAGAAGGAACAGGCUGAUCUUAAUGGGGCACCUGCUGUCAGUCACAUCCAGCAUGCAGGAGCAACUGCUGUUCUCAAGGACGUGCGGUUCAUGAAAUCAAAGAAAUGCCAAGAGCAGCAGCUGAGCCCAGGCGAGGAGGGGGCGGAGCCGAGCCCAUGUGAGGCUGGGGUGGCCAGACGGGCCAUUCCUCGCCUCUACCCCUCCAUACGAUUGGCAAUGUGGGAAAUCCAGCAGAUAAACCUGGCUCAGACCACGUCCUCCUCUAGUGCCACAGGCCCUGCAUCGUCUCGUAGAAGCACCUGGGGAGAUGGCAGCCUCUUCCACAUGCACAGAGCUGUACCCUAUGGACAAGACACUGGGAGAGAAUAACUUUCUGCAGCUUUUUGUCGUGCUCUGCCACGGGGAGCUGCUAUGUGGGCCAGUCUCUGAUUCUGGCAGGAGGAGGUGAUGGCAUGACCAAGAGCUGGGGUCAUUGUGCAAAUCUGUAUGGAAAUCUUGGUGAUUUUUCUAAUAUAGCUGGAGAAUGACU